CCAGUAUCCCACAAUGCUUUCGCUCCUUGUUUGACCUCUCAGUGAUUUCCGUUAACUGCUAAAGUCAGUUUGUGUGUGUGAGUGUUGCAUGCUGGGACCGAUGGCCGCUUCAAAGCCCAUCGAACCUGAGGCCGGGUCCGGACUGCCCCGGUGGCAGCUGGCGCUGCUGGUCGGGACUCCCAUCGUGCUCGGGGUCGGAGCCGCGUACCUGUGGAACCGGAGCCGGAGUCAAGCCUCGAGCAGCGGCAAAGACAAGCCGAGUGAGCGCAAUGAGGAGAGGAAAACUCCCGAAGGCAGCGAGCAGGACAACAUGAGCCCUCUGGAUAAGGCACAGGUUGCUAAGAACAGGGGCAACAAGUAUUUCAAGGCUGGCAAGUAUGAGCAGGCCAUCCAGUGCUACACCGAGGCCAUCAGCCUGUGUCCCAAAGAACAGAAAAGUGACCUGUCCACUUUCUACCAGAACAGAGCUGCAGCCUACGAGCAGCAGAUGAAAUGGACCGACGUGGUGGCGGACUGUUCUCAGGCUGUCGAGAUGAACCCACGCUACAUCAAAGCUCUCUUUAGGCGUGCCCGAGCCCUGGAAAGACUAGACAACAAAAAGGAGUGUCUGGAAGAUGUGACAGCUGUAUGUAUACUCGAGGCCUUCCAGAACCAGCAAAGCAUGCUACUAGCAGACAAAGUGCUGAAACAGCUGGGAAAAGAGAAAGCCAAGGAAAAAUACAAGAACCGAGAGCCUUUAAUGCCCUCGCCUCAGUUUAUCAAGUCUUACUUCAGCUCCUUCACUGAUGACAUCGUUUCGCAACCACUUCAGAAGGGCGAGAAGAAAGACGAGGACAAGGAUAAGGAGGGCGAGGCCACUGAGGUCACAGAGAGCUCAGGCUAUCUGAAGGCUAAGCAGUACAUGGAAGAGGAGAACUAUGAUAAGAUCAUCAGUGAGUGCACUAAGGAGAUUGACUCUAAGGGCAGACACACUGCUGAAGCUCUGCUGCUAAGAGCCACGUUCUACCUGCUCAUCGGCAACGCCACAGCCGCCCAGCCCGACCUGGACCAAGUCAUCAACAUGCAGGAUGCCAAUGUCAAGUUGCGAGCAAAUGCUCUGAUAAAACGUGGCAGCAUGUACAUGCAGCAGCAGCAGCCCCUGCUCUCCACCCAAGAUUUCAACACGGCAGCUGAAAUAGAUCCUCGGAAUGCGGAUGUCUACCACCAUAGGGGACAGCUGAAGAUCCUGCUGGACCAGGUUGAGGAGGCAGUGGCAGAUUUUGAUGAGUGCAUUCUGCUCAGGCCCGACUCUGCACUGGCACAGGCGCAGAAGUGCUUUGCUCUGUAUAGACAGGCGUAUACUGGAAACAGCCCGUCUCAAGUGCAGACGGCCAUGGAUGGCUUCGAGGACGUCAUCAGAAGGUUUCCAAAGUGUGCAGAAGGCUAUGCCCUUUAUGCACAGGCACUGACUGACCAGCAGCAGUUCGGGAAGGCAGAUGAGAUGUAUGACAAAUGUAUUGAACUGGAGCCUGAUAACGCCACGACUUAUGUCCAUAAAGGGUUGCUGCAGCUACAGUGGAAGCAAGAUCUAGACAUGGGCUUGGAUCUGAUUAGCAAAGCCAUUGAGAUUGACAACAAAUGUGACUUUGCCUAUGAAACAAUGGGAACCAUUGAAGUCCAGAGAGGCAACCUAGACAAGGCCAUUGAAAUGUUCAACAAGGCCAUUAAUCUCGCCAAGUCUGAGAUGGAGAUGGCCCAUUUGUACUCACUCUGUGACGCUGCCUACGCACAGACCGAGGUGGCCAGGAAGUACGGGCUCAAGCCUCCAACAUUGUAACCCUCCACCACAAAUCCCAUGUCUACUGCUGAGCCUGAGUACACAUCUCGUAUCCACAAACAUUUGAGUUAUUUCAUUUUUGUCUAAGGUGUUAAUCCAUUAUCACAAGAGAGAAGGACAGAGUCUGCUCCGGAGCCAUGCGGUUACGUUUACCCCAUUGUGAUCAGGGUGAUAGAAAGGUGAGGGAAUCCAAAUGAGGAGCGAGCUGAAGGAGAAAAAGAGACUGGGAGAAAGGGAAAUCAGUUCUCAGCUGCUUGGCGAUUGUGAUGAAAAUUAACACUACCAUUCAUAACUCGUGCACACAACACUGCACUUGGCGUUACUCAUGCGCCAUUUUGAAAUCCCUACAUAAUUUGAAGAAUUGUAAUAUCAAGCUAUGUUGAAAAUAAUGUUGGUAAUUUCAAAAAAUUCCCCUAAAAGGCUUAAUGCUUAAUUAUUUUUUUUAUUUUUUUUUUUAAUUGAAUCACGGUCAUAUUCUCCAUGGAUGUGUGUACACUGUUAAAAAUUACACUUUUUGCUUCUUGGUGGGAUUUAAACAGUUCCAAAUGUUCUUUGCAGUUUGGCCAUUAUUGCAUUAUAGGAAUCAAUAUACAUCAUUCGUUUUAUGGGAAAUGCAGGAUGCAGUAUUUCAGUUAAGUUGUCUCAGCCAUGUAACAAGUCUGUCACUUAGUGUGUGACUACUGUUGUUAUUAUUGACCCAUUGCGUUUGCUAUCACGGAGAAGAAUUUGGGCCAUACAGUAGUUUCCUCCCCCCAUAUACAUCCUGAUAGAUUUUUUUUUUUUUUUUUAAGGUAGGGGAUUGACAUUUUUUCUUUUUAUAAUCUGUACAGCAUGAGUGUAAUUUCUCUAUAAAUAAAUAUUAAGAAGGCUCUCUUGCAGUAAUAAUGCCGUCCAGUUAGUCAGUUUAUUGAAAUGUCACAAAAGAUCAGCUUGUUUCAGAUGUGAUGGAUGUUGUUUGUCAGAAGGAAGUAAAAAAAAAAAAAAAACCCUGCUAUGUUUCCAUAUAGACCAGUACACAAAUUUGAAGAGUCUCAUGUAACCUGUGCACUAAAAUAUUGACUUAAAAAAUUUGUCAGUUUAUUGAAAUGUAACGGUGUUUAAAAAAAAAUGUACAUUCCCCAACUUUGCAACAGUUCAUCCAGUUUAUUUUUAAUGCAAAAUAAAUUCUUGCCCUCUGGUCAACUGGAAUUUUUUUUCCCCUCUGUGAGCAGCAAAUGAUCAGUGUCUGGUGACUUCUGUGUUGAUUUCUUUGUGAAAAUCCACUUCGAUAUGCAAAUUCCUGAACUCUACAACCUUCCCCAGACUGGACGAGAAAUGAUGUCCUGAAAUUUCAUGUAGCAGCAUCUGAAGGGCUUUCACAGAUUUCCUUAUAUAAUUUGCAUUUGGGGCGGCACGGUGGUGUAGUGGUUAGCGCUGUCGCCUCACAGCAAGAAGGUCCGGGUUCGAGCCCCGGGGCCGGCGAGGGCCUUUCUGUGCGGAGUUUGCAUGUUCUCCCCGUGUCCGCUUGGGUUUCCUCCGGGUGCUCCGUUUUCCCCCACAGUCCAAAGACAUGCAGGUUAGGUUAACUGGUGACUCUAAAUUGACCGUAGGUGUGAGUGUGAGUGUGAAUGGUUUCCUGUGUUUGUGUCAGCCCUGUGAUGACCUGGCGACUUGUCCAGGGUGUACCCCGCCUUUCGCCCGUAGUCAGCUGGGAUAGGCUCCAGCUUGCCUGCGACCCUGUAGAACAGGAUAAAGCGGCUACAGAUAAUGAGAUGCGAAUUUGCAUUUGAGAUCCAUACAUAUUGCUUGAUAUUUGAUCACCACCUUAGUGUAUUUUACAGUGUGGAGGGAAAAAAAAAAAAGAUACAAGCAAUUACACUACUAGUUUUAUUUUCUAAAAUUGUUUACCUUUUAAAAAAAACAACAACUCUUGGUCUGCAGUCAUUACUGAUGAUAUAUUUGAUUGAUUAGUGGUUAAAUACCAGGGGCUUGAUAUUCUAUGUUAAAAUGUUCCUGAAGUCUGAGAGAGAGAGAGGGAGGGUGGGCGGAGUCAAAAUACUAUAUGGUGGUAGCUAAACUUCUUUGCUUUGAAUGAUAUAAUUUGGGGAAUACAUGAUAAUGUUCAUAACUGCAUAUUUGCAUUCAAAAGAGGGACCGUGAAAUAUCUCUGCAUGUAGGUCUUCACUGCUUUGCCUGUGUUGAGUUUGCUUACUCUGUGAUUAAGCCUAGCUGAACAGUAACAUUAAACUGCCAUAAAAGUUGAAGGGGGGGGGGGAUCAUUCCAAACUGCCGCAUGUUUUCAGAUCAUCUGAGUGACUCCUGUUUUAACUAUAACCAUUAAGGUGCUGUUCCCAACAUGCGAAACCCUGAAUUAAUAAAAAUCAUUGUCCACAAGCCGGACUCCUCAACAUGAAAUUUAUCGGUUGGAAACCGAUGUUAAAAGAAUUGGUAAUCUUGAUGAUGUGUGUAAUCUUAAUGUAACACAAACAAUAAAGAAAUGUUGAAAUUGUGGAUGUGUUGCUAAUGCAAGAUGUUGAUACAGUAUAAUUUAGAUGGGAGUAUCAUUAUUUGUUUUUUAAACAUCAUUAAACUUUGCGCUGUUA